UCAGCACACUUACCAUUUCAUCACACAAGAAACCAACACGCACCGCAAAGGAAAUGAACUCAAUUGACACAGAGCAGUACUCUGGAGGUUCAUCAUCGGAAGCAGGUUCCUCUAACCUACACGAGCUAGCAUCAGGGAGACCAAAGAAAUGUGCAGGGCGUCGAGUAUUCAAGGAGACGAGGCACCCUGUGUACCGAGGAGUGAGGAGCAGGAACAACAACAAAUGGGUGUGCGAGGUGCGUGUUCCGAAUGACAAGACCACCAGGAUAUGGCUCGGAACACACCCUACCCCAGAGAUGGCGGCGCGUGCGCACGAUGUAGCGGCGCUGGCGCUUCGUGGGAAGUCCGCUUGCCUCAACUUCGCGGACUCCGCGUGGAGGGUGCCGCCGUUGUUGCCGGCGUCAAACAGUGCGAAGGAGCUUAGGAGAGUGGCAAUAGAAGUUGCUCAUGCGUUUGCGGCUGAGGACCGUUGUCAUGGCCAGCAGCAGCAGCAAACUUAUAAUAAUGUUUGUAGCAGCGGCGACAACUUUGGAGUCGGGGAAUUUGUCAUGGAAGAUAAUAAUAAUAAUAACAAUAACAAUAAUAAUAAUAAUAAUGAUAAUAACAAUAAUGGAAACCCUUUGCACUUAGAAGGGUUGUGUUUGGAAUUCGAUGAAGUUCUUCAGGGUGUGUCGUCGGGGUUUCAGGAGCAGGACUUGCAGGAUUGGCUUCGGAACAUGGAGGAUGAGCCUUUAAGAUCUCCGCAGCACCCAUUCGAGGGACCAUCAUAUGGUACGGAGUGCUGGAGUAUUGAUGAUGUGGAUGUGGAACAUGAGGUGUCCUUGUGGAGUUUUUCCCUCUGAAGAAUCUAAUGAUCAUGCGCAUAUAAGCACAUUUAGUUUUAGUUAGGCAGUUAGGCUUUUAAUCUGCUUGAGACUGUGACAAAUCAGUGUUUCAAUGAUUUUCUGUCACUUAUUUUCGUCUUGAUUUGGUUUUACUUAGCUUGUAUUACUCUCUAAAUUUUUCCUCAAUAUAUUAAUUCAUUAAUUCAUUCGGAGUUACAUUAAAUUUGCUUCCCUUCCAAAGUAAACACUAAACAGUAAACACAC